AUGGCGAAAUCCAAAGACUCCAAACCUGCCGGCGGCAAAGGCGGCGGCAAGGCCGACACCAAGGCUGAUAAGUCGAAGAAGGGCGGCGGCAAGGGCAGCAACUCCAAAACCGCCGGUGCCGCCGACAGCAGUAGCGACACCAAGGCUUCUAAGCUCAAGGGCAUGACCAUCAACGUCAGGCAUAUUCUUUGUGAGAAAUUUGCCAAGAGCGAAGAGGCUAUCGGCCGGCUGAAUAACGGUGAGAAGUUUGACGUCGUGGCGAGGGAGAUGUCCGAGGACAAGGCCAAGGCGGGUGAGUUCUCUUUGUUCGCUCGGCUGGAAGUCCAAGGGGAGUCUGGACCCUCAGUUUGA